AUGCAGGGAAAAGCUAAGGAGAGUUGGUGCAUGAUAAGAUGCACAGCUGUUGCGCAGAAUAAUAACGAGGUAAUCAAUCGGACAGCGCUCAGAUUCCGGCCGAUAGCACCGAAGCCAGCCUCCAACGACACCGUUUCAGGUUUCUUAGGGGUGUAUAACAAGAACUUGCUGCUAAGUAGCAAAAGAUCUAAAAGAAAGUAUGUUAGGGUUCGCAAGAAUAAUGGAUACAAGAGAAAGAAUCAAAUCUCUCCGCAUGAAGAAGGAGAAGAUGGUGUAAACAAGACAGUUGUCACUCUACAGUUUUUUCCUGAAAAAACUGAUUCGAAGAAUUCAGAUUCAAACUCCAAAAUCCAAGAUCCGUUAUGCAAUAUUAUUAAUGAUAGAAACAAUCUUAAUCCCGUGGUUGCUUCAAAGGGUCGUGAUGCAGUAGAAUUUUAUCAACCAGAGCUAAAUCAUCGUAUUAAAGAAAAGGAAUUUGAAUUCGGAGUUUCAGAUCAGACGACGGUGGUGGAGUCGUGGGUGACGGUGGAGAGCAUGAAGGAGACAUGCAUGGAGGGGAGAGGAUUACUGGGGAGUACGGACGUAGAGAGAAUGAAUAAUCUAGAGAGCGACACGUGUCCAGGGUUUAUAUCAGACGGUUUAAACAGGGUUCAGUGGGUUAACGGAGCGUACAGAAGGAUGGUGAUGGGAUAUAAGGAUGGAGACGAGUCACAAAUAAUGGUGGGUUUGAUAAUGAAAGAACAGUUUCCGGUGUGUGUUUACUCGUCGUUUACGACAAUGGUAAGAGUCCAGUACACGUGGAAGAAGGAAAAGUACUCAAAAAUGGUUCCAUGUGAUGUGUACAGAAUGGACUGCGGAGGCUUUGCAUGGAGGCUGGACGUUGAAGCCGCCCUUAGUCUGGGUCGUUAA